ACUAGUUUGGUGUGGGAGGACAAGCCAUGGUGGCGGGAUUUUCACCGGCGGAGUUUCACUGUCAUGCUAUGGUGCUGGGAGGAUAGUGGGAUCAGCUCUCUGAUCUCUGUGUCGGGAUGAGGGGAGUCUAGAGCCGUGGAGCAGGAGAGAGACUAUUGUGCCAGGCGCAGAGGCGCUCUCCAAGAAAUGGCUCUCACACCUCUUCGGGUCCCUCAUGUCACUCUCUCGGUGCUGUCACUGCUGCAACUCUGGCUGCUCGUGUCCGGGAGGGCGCUGGAGGUAACUGACCGAGGCGCACCUCAUCUCACCUGUAGCGAGGGUUUGACCGACUGCACCAUGAAAUUAGCCUCUCCAUUCGCUGCUGCCCUGCCCGGUCCAGAUGAUACAGUGAAUGUUGCACAAGUGCAGCUUAAAGUGAUUCUGUGCUGCGCGGCCAAAAAGGACUGUGCGCCUUGCCUGCAAAUCAUCAUCGCAGUCCAAGAAGUGGAUAAUGCAAAUGAGGUUUUUGAGGAGUCUGGUGACGGUAACGAUGAAGAGGAGGCUCAUUGGCCUGAAUCAAAGGGAAGUGGUCACUUGGUGCUUCCUGUGCCAAGAGCUUUGGUGAUCGUGUGUCUCAGCUCCCCAGGCUCCAUGGAACUUUGCAGAGAGCUACAGUUCAAACCAAGCCACUCAGGGUUAGACCGAGCAUCUUCUCAACAGCUCACACACAAGCUGCUGUUUGCAGAGAGAGUGACGUUCGGGAGUGAAGUUGUUGUCCAAGUCUACACACAUUCAAAGGAAACUUUCCAUGUUCAAAAUAUCACAGUCCCAUCUUUAGUAGAAGCUUGCUCCGCAACCCUAGAGAGGACUGUAAAGGAAUGUGAUGCUCCCAGACUCCGAGCUGUGACUGAUCAGAAGAGAAAUGUGGUCGUCCUCCAACUGGAAAAUGCAGAUGACAGACCAGAUGAGAUCAUGUGCCGGAUGGUUUGGAACGGUGUGGCUGGAGAGGCUCUUGUAUGGCCCAAAAACAAGACAGAAAUGGUCAUUUCGGCGAACUCUGUUGCACCAUGCCUGUGCUUCCAGGUAGGCUGGAAGGGAAAGGAGUUUCAAAGAAGGUUCUGCCCCUUCAACAACCAACAAGAUGCACUGGAAAGAAUGCAGCACAGCAUGUCUGUGUCUGUGGAGGAGACUCAGAUGAGGGAGGGUGGCGUAGGGCUGAGCUGGAAUGUGAGUGCCCCCUGCAGACUGGAGGCAGAGAUGUGGCUGUGCAAGAAAGACCUGGCAGGAGACCAGUGUGACGAGGUGUCGGGCUCCAGACAGAGACUGCACAACCAUACUGGCUGGAGUGCAACUCGCAGUGGACACUGGAAAACAGGAGAGUUCAAUGCGUCGUCACAUCCUCUGCUUUGUGUUCAGAUAAAGAUACAUGGGAUGAAGUCAUACUUAAAGCCCCAUUGUCCAUUUUCAACAUCGCGAUGGAGAUGGAGCCUACCACUCCUCAUUGGAGUACUGCUGAUGUGUUUGGCCAUACUCGGAGCCUAUCUCAUACAAGGGGUCCUUAAAGGGUACAUGUGGAGAUGGUUGAAAGAAGAUGACGUUAAAGAUGCUGUCGGUGGUGGUCAUGUGGUGUUGCUGUACCCACCUGAUGAUGACCAAGCUUUGCCAGAGCUUAUGAGUCACCUGGGUUCGUCCCUCCAAGCCCUGGGCUUCAGUGUGUCUCUAGACCUGUGGAGCCAGUCUGAGCUCAGUGUACUGGGCCCUGUGCCCUGGCUCCACUCGAGACUGAACCGACUGCAAAGGCAGGGGGGCAAAGUGGUGCUGGUCCUGACCCAGGCAGCCUGGAUAAGGGCUGAAGAAUGGGGAGCUCGGAGCUGGGAAAGAAACACUCCCAGGGAGAGGAACAGAGACAUGGAGGAUGAGGAGACAGGAAGAAGCUACACUGCUUCCUCCCCCUGUGCAGAUGUUUUUACAGCUUCAUUAAGCUGUAUUCUAGCAGACUAUUUACAGGGCCGCGCUGGUGAGCGGUUCAUGUUGGCGCAGUUUGAAUCACUUCCGCCUGAGCCUCCAGGUGGUUUCCGGCCACUGCCAGAACUUUUCCGUGGCCUUCAUGUUUACAGCCUCCCAUCACAGAGCCUGGGUUUUCUGACUGAACUGGCUGGGGCUCAGCAAAUGGCUACUGCAUCAGCCAGACGGAAAAGAGCAGGGGGGCUCAGGAUGGCAUCCCGAGCUCUGGCACAAAGGCUGUCAGGGUUCACAGCAGGGACAACAGUGUUAAACCUUGCAGGAGUGUCUCAGAGUUGUGUUGGAGUUGGAGUUGAAGACUCUGGGGAGACAGUGCCCCUCCAGCCGUACCUUAUUACGCCUCCGUCCAGCCCUGACUCAGACCCCAAGGUCAGUGAAAUGGAGUGGGUCUGACAGCAGGAGAGGAAGACACAGAACCAGGCUUCACUUUUGGGAAGAGCAACCAGCAAUGAGUUGAAGUGACACUCUGUGAGAUGUAAAGUUAAAUCAGUAUUUGUUUGCAGCUUUUGCAUUUGCUGGUCUAAACAUCAGGGGUCGGGGUUUUUUUUUAUGUUAAUGGCAGUAGAAACAGUUCUUCUUUUUUCACAUAAAUAUUGGUUGUUACAGCUUGAGCUCUUGCUGCUCCACAGAAAUAAAAGCGCAACACAGUGAAACCUCACACUACCUCUGAAAAUAAAAGGUCAAGGAAAAAUACAUCAAUUGAAACACAGUAUGUGGUCCGCGGUGUAUUUUGAAAACAGCGGGCCAUAGUCGGAUACAAAAAUUACACUAAAAUGCAAAACAAGAAUCUCGAUGAAGCUCCAUUGUUUUGUCCUGACAUUAUAUUGUUUGUAACUGCCUCUGUGUGUUUGACAAACUUACUAGUAUUUGAUAUUCUGCAUGCACAUGUAUUGUGUAUAUAAAAGCCCUGAGAGACAUGAAGAAAAAAACCAAACAAAAAUAAGCUACUGCCUUUCUCUGACUUUAUAGGCUACUUAUUGCACAGCAUAGUGAGACUGUUUAUACUGUGUUUUGUCUUACUGUUUAAAGUGGGAUGCUCCUCUGACUAGAAAAUGAUGUUGAUACUAAUUCAUUACAAACAUGGAGAUGUGUGUUUGCAGAAGAACAUCUUUUCAUUUGUUUCACAUGCAAAAGAUUUAUUCCUGAUCCAUAAAAUCAAUAAAGUGGCACUACACAGCAGACAACAAUAACAAAGGAACCCUAAA